AUGGUCCGCUACCGGUCGCGGUUGGCGGCGCUUUGCCUGGCGCCGGUAGCUUCUUCGUCGAGCAUGCCGCUUGCAGGCUUCAUGCAAUCGAUGUUUUCUCUGGAUGGCGCCGAUGCCGAAGGGUAUGAAGAAGAAAAUCUGACCGUGGGAGCUGACGACAUCGGUAGUGACUCUCACAUGACCAUACGCCGAGAUUUCUUGCUGGACGACGCGCUGUACUCUGUAUUCAACACGAUUGCGACCGCUCAGUUCGAUAUCCUUCAGGAGAAAGGGCUCGAUAGCGCUUGCUGGAGACAAGCCGCCGUAUCCAUCGACGCCGACUGCGAGACCAUGGCGCACGCUCGCAAGCAGCGGCUCGCAGUCCAGCUCAGUAACUGCCACCUCCAGGAUUCCGGCCGGAAACCUAUCGAAUGCACCCCCAGGGACAGUGACGAGUCCUGCGUAAAGAAGUUGGGCGACGACAACGCGGCGUUCCAAAGCUACACCACAUUCUUUCACCACGUGAACGCUAUAUGUCACCACUUAAGGCAUACCGUGUGGCAAGAGCAAACCGAAGGGCUGGUGCGAGGGCUCACGGCAUCAUCCCUGGCUACCUUUGACCGGGCAGAGCAGUCUCUCGAGAAGCAAGAACAAGUCCUGAAAGGCCAGGAACUAGCCUCCGCGCAGAGUCAGGGCAUCGCCGACGGGCUGAGCGAGACGAGCACGAGGCUAGCGGGUCUUUCAGACAGUCUGUCUCAGGAACUGGUGUCGGCAAUGAGGGAGAUAGAAAAGCAGGAAACCUUGCUCGCGAGUCUGCUUACAAGGCAGGACGUUGCGGCGACACAAGCGUCAAGCUUGUCGACCGAGCUCAACAAUGCCAAGUCUGACCUCGCGUCUUACAUGGAGGCCAUCGAAGAAGACCGCAGGUACCUUAUCCUCGCGGCGAACCUCUGCUGGGUGCUGACCACCGCCCCCCCGCUCCGCUCGGCGAGGACGGCUCUCUUCGCGCUCGUCGCUUUCGGCCUCCUGCUCGAGAAGAGCCUGUGCGGCGGUGACGACCGCGGUGGCUUGGACGGACUUGAAAGGGUCGAUUGGCUGGUGUCCGGGCUCAAAUGGGCGUCGCCCGGGACGUUCGCCGCCGCAACAUGGGCGAAGGUUUUCACUCAGGAGAAAAUCCGGUGGCUGACGUUUCAGGCUGGCGCUGUCAUUCUCAGCCACACCCUUACAUCGUACUACCUCCCCUCCCUGGAACUGGGGCGGCUUGCCAGUUCGCUAUUGGCAGCUUGGAAAAACAGUCGCAAUGGCGACAGCAGAAACGACGAUCAUCGAGUCGGCCGCGGUAGGGGCGACCGCGACGACGGUACGGCCGCAAGAAGUGGCCACGACCAUUCAAGGCACCACGCCGGAGAGUCGUUCCAACACGACGGCAACCAGGACGACACCACCAACGAUGAUGGAUCGGUUCAGGACGACAAUAGUAACUCGGGGAGACUCGGUGCGAGGGAACCGGUCACGCCUGGACCGGGAAGAGCUGGAAACGGGAGUAGUAAUGGUGGAAGCCGCAGGGCUUCGGGACAGGGGAACACGAGGGCCGAUGGGCUUGAUGGUCUCAAGCGACAGGAGCUCCAAUCACUGGCCAAAAAAACCGACGGCGUGGUCAGGGCCAACCUGUCAACGCUUAACAUCAUCAGGGGACUGCGGGAACUCGGCAUCACAGAAGAUGCGCUUGAUCACUAG